ACAGGUGUGGUGGUGGGCUGCAUUGUUGGAAUGAUCAUCUUGAUGCUGGUUGUUGUUUUAAUUACAUGGUAUUACAAAAGGAAAUCAGAUCAUCAGACGUUUAUGAUGAAAGAUAUUGAGAGUCCUGUAUGGAGUGAUGGUGAGAAGACCACACUGAGUUGUGAAGCUUUUAACUGUACUGGGGAUGUCAAGGUGACUUGGGUCAUCAAACUUAAAGAUGGCAACCAGCAUGAGGUCUCCGACACAGGAUCAAAUGAUAACGAGGAGGAUCAACCACUAAUGUCCAGAGAGUACCAGGUGACAAAG